AUAGAAUGUUAUACUAUCAAGAUUGUGACUGUGUUACAUGUUCCUCUCGAAGUGGAUGAUAAUGUCUUGAAAAAGUACGGGAAGGUGCUGGCAGGAAGGUUUCUAACUUUUAAGGACCAUCCAGGACUUUUCAGUGGAGUUCGCCAAUGCCGAAUGGAGGUUGAAAAUAGUAUCCCUUCUUCCAUAAGCCUUGGAGGAAGGAAUUGCUGGGUCAGGUACGAUGGACAGCCUCGUACUUGCUUAAAGAGUGGCCAAAAUGGACACGAAGCGAAGGAAUGCCGUGUUGUAAAGUGUUUCAGAUGCAGAAAGGAAGGACAUGUGGCGAGUGCUUGCAAUGAGGAGCUGGCGUGUACUACAUGUGGAAAGACAGUUCACCCAUAUAAAGCUUGUCCCAUCAGCUUCGCAAACAAACUGAAGCAGUCGACGUCGUGGAUCAAGGGAGGAGGAGAAACGUGGAAAAUGGUAAAGCGUCAGCCCCGCAUGGAGAAGAUACCACCCCAUCUUCUGCACCUCAAGAGAAAAAUAAGGGACACAGAACUUUGUUGUAAUAAUCCAAAGGAGUGGCUCAAUCACCUCAGUUAAAAACACCCUGACUUUGUGCGCCAGCACGAUACUCAAUAUUUUGAUAACUAUUUGUGGUAAGACUGGUAAGACAGGUCACUCAUACAAAGCCUGAUGUCCAAUCAGCUUUGCAAGCAAACUGGAAGAGUCUACGUCAUGGGUUAAGGGAGGAGGGGAAACAGUUGAAAAUGGUGAUACGGCAGCAUCGCAAGGAGAAGAUGCCGCCCCACCUUUGGCUCCUCAGGAGGAAGAUAAGGGAACACAAAGUCUAUUUGAUGAUUCUCAGGAAAGUAGCACCACGUCUGAUCAUGCUACUAACCAGGAUCAGGAGGAUAAUGAACAUAGUGAUGAGGAGAUGGAUACCCAGCGAUCCUGGGCCGCAUCUGUAGAAGAGAAGCUAGACGUUUCGCCGACCGACGCUGCGACGUCGGCUUCGAAAGACACCGCCGACGCUGACGUUUCAAACGGAGGACGACGGGGACAGAAACGAGCAUCAGCACCAAUUAGCAGUGGAGGUAAACAUACUUCGAAGACGCUUUCCCGGGAUCGGGUGACGGCUGCGAGAGCCAUAACGUCAAUUUCAAAUAU